AUGGUCCAAGCAGCGGUGACCUUCAAUGAUGUGCAUGUGAAAUUCAGCCAAGAAGAGUGGGCCUUGCUGGAACCUUCCCAGAAGCAACUCUACAAAGAUGUGAUGCUAGAGACCUGUGAAAACCUCACUGCUAUAGGCUACAAUUGGGAUGACCAUAAUAUUGAAGAACAGUUUCAAAGUUCUACAAGUAAUAAAAGCCAUAAAAGAACACACACUGGAGAGAAACCUUAUGAAUGUAACCAGUGUGGCAAAGCCUUUGCACAAAACAGUCAUCUCAUAAGCCAUAAAAGAACACACACUGGAGAGAAACCUUAUGAAUGUAAUGAGUGUGGCAAAGCCUUUGCAGAAAACGGUCAUCUCAUAAGCCAUAAAAGAACACACACUGGAGAGAAACCUUAUGAAUGUAACCAGUGUGGUAAAGCCUAUGCACGAAACAGUACUCUCUUAAGCCAUAAAAGAACACACACUGGAGAGAAACCUUAUGAAUGUAACCAGUGUGGUAAAGCCUAUGCACGAAACAGUACUCUCUUAAGCCAUAAAAGAACACACACUGGAGAGAAACCUUAUGAAUGUAACCAGUGUAGUAAAGCCUUUGCACAAAACAGUACUCUGUUAAGCCAUAAAAGAACACACACUGGAGAGAAACCUUAUGAAUGUAACCAGUGUGGUAAAGCCUUUGCACAAAACAGUACUCUCUUAAGCCAUAAAAGAACACACACUGGAGAGAAACCUUAUGAAUGUAACCAGUGUGGUAAAGCCUUUGCAGAAAACAGUCAUCUCUUAAGCCAUAAAAGAACACACACUGGAGAGAAACCUUAUGAAUGUAAUGAGUGUGGCAAAGCCUUUGCAGGAAACAGUCAUCUCUUAAGCCAUAAAAGAACACACACUGGUGAGAAACCUUAUGAAUGUAAUGAGUGUGGCAAAGCCUUUGCAGGAAACAGUACUCUCUUACGCCAUAAAAGAACACACACUGGAGAGAAACCUUAUGAAUGUAACCAGUGUGGUAAAGCCUUUGCACAAAACAGUAAUCUCAUAAGAAAUAAAAGAACGCAUACUGGAAAGAAACUU